CCGGGCCCAGAGCCGGCUCCGUCCCGCUGCAUCCUGGGCCGCACCGGAGGGUGUUGGUAAACAGCAGGAGCUGCACGUUGCUGGGGGCUGUUGACCAACUUGUGACUCCAAGAGGGUUCCUUGAAGCUGUGGUGGUGAGCAUCACUCGUCUGGCCAGUGCCUCUUUACUUAAAAGCACCAAGAUGGCUGUUCUCUCAAAGGAGUAUGGCUACGUCAUCCUGACGGGGGCUGCCAGCUUCAUCUUGGUCACGCACCUCGCAGUGAAAGUGGCCAAGGCCCGCAAGAAGUACCGUGUGGAGUAUCCAACCAUGUACAGCACUGAUCCUGAACACGGGCAUAUAUUCAACUGCAUCCAGCGUGCACACCAGAACACGCUGGAAGUUUACCCUGCCUUCCUGUUCUUUCUAGCCACCGGUGGACUCUACCAUCCGCGGGCUGCCACAGGGCUUGGCAUUGCCUGGAUCCUGGGGAGAAUCCUUUAUGCCUACGGCUACUAUACGGGAGAUCCAAAAAACCGAAGGAGAGGGACCAUUGGUUCAGUUGCACUCAUUGGGCUGGUGGGCACAGGUGUGUGUUCAGCCUGCCAGCACCUUGGCUGGCUCUGCCAGGACUAACUGAACCAGCACCAUGGCUGCGUGGAAAACUAAAGGGAUUUUUGUUUUCUUUUAGAACAUUUCCUUUUUUUUUUCUUUUCUCCUCAUUCAAUAAAAUGAAGUUGUCAAUUCUGUAUUUUCAUUCUGAAGUUAUAGAGGGCUUUCUUAAGCAGUUUUGCAGAAUGCCAGACAACUCUGGUUUUGUAAGACUACAGAAAUCUGUCUGUCAAGCAGCAAUGUUCUAGUUUUUAUGAUUUUAGUGACCAAAAAGCCAUCUUGCAACCUGUUUAACCCGUACAGCAGCAGCCCUAUUUCUGGACCCCUCAAUUCAUGUCACUCUGCAAUAAGAUAUUCCAGAGUUAAUGUUUAUUUGAUUGCUAAAAAGAGAUGUAGGCAAACAUUUAAAGUUGUUGUUUCAUGAUGUUUAAAAGGAACAGUAGGUUUAUAGGAAGGAA